AUGACCGCUCAUUUCUCCGGCGACCCCUCAGACCUGCAACCCAUCUCUAAUCUCCUCCCAGGAACCCAAAAGAUGUUUGAUCGGUGGAGAGGAGGUGGUUGGUCGACGGCGGAAGACGGUGGUAGGAGGUGUUUGGUCGGCGGUGCUAGUGUUGGAGGUGGUUUCACGUUUGUGGAGGAUCUUGGCAGAAAAGGGGAGGCGGUUUCACUGAUGAUGUUCUUUGUCGAUCUGGAAAACGGGCCGCCUCGGUUGUCGGCUACCCCCAAACACCACACCCUUUUGGGUUCGGAUCUUGUGUCUCUGAAUAACCGAAUUUCGGGUCAAAUUCCGGGUGGGCUCGGAAGCUUGCCGGAUCUGCAACGGUUAGAAUUGUCACAUAACAAUUUAAGUGGCAAAAUUCCUCAUGAUCUCACUUUGUCGAGUUCGCUUUCGUUCAUUGAUGUUUCUUCGAAUCAUCUUGUUUCAAAUCUGUCGUUUGAUAUAUUUUCAAUGCCAAAUCUGCAAACAUUAGUUGUUUCCAACAACGAUUUCUCCGGCGAUAUCCCGACUCGGUUUCUGGAUUCGCCGGCGUUAUCGGUGCUAGAUUUAUCGUUCAAUAGUUUCUCCGGUGAACUACCGGAGAGCAUAGCUUCAUGCCAGAAGCUUGUGAAUUUGAAUCUAAGUCACAAACAGUUGACGGGAGAAAUCCCGAAAUCCGUAGCAAGAAUGUCGAUGUUAUCGGUUCUUGAUCUGUCGAAUAACUCAUUCGUCGGAAAGAUUCCGGACAGUUUCGGAAGCUCACCGGCUUUAGAAACGGUCAAUCUUUCGUACAACCAGUUAGAAGGACCGUUCCCGGAUAAUGGGAUGUUACGGACGAUAAACGCAAAUGAUUUAGUCGGAAAUGACGGGCUAUGCGGGGGCGUGCUCAAGCCGUGUUCAAAUGUUCGAGCCAGCAGUUCCGCCCGAAAGAAGGUUCACGUCCGUCACAUCGUUUUCGGUUUCCUUUUCGGGGUUUGUGUGAUUUUAACGUUCGGGAUCGCAGCGUUCACGGGGCGGUGGUUGUAUCAAAGAUGGUUUCUUUAUGAAUUACAAUUUCAUCAUCAAAACUUGCAGGUGAUGAACAUUUGA